CCAUCCAGCUUGCAAGUGCUGCUGUUCUCUUUCUCCAAACAGGAUUAUUCCUUUUCCUGCCAUGUUUGGACACCUACCACAAAAUAGACCUUCGCCUCAAAACCUUAGAGAUCCCUUUCUAUGAGGUAAGAGAGACACAGUCAGCCCCUUCUGCUCUUUGAGCUUGUUUGCAGGAGGCAAAUGCAGUAGAAGUUUACUUAGGUUCACCAUUCCAAUUAAUUAGGAAGCCCCUGGUUCAAAUCUCACCUUGUCUAUGAACUAACUACAUUGCUUUUUGGCAUGCCAUUUUGACUCAGCCUCACCCCCAGCCCCACAAUAAUUAUACUGAUCUACCUAACGGGACAGUUGUAGGAUUACUUAACAGAAAGGAAGGCUGUAAAUCAGUGACAGAACAUCUGCUUUGCAUGUGGAACAUCCCAGGUUCAUUCCCUGACAUCUCCAGCGAAGGUUAGGAAUCUACACAGUCUGAUGUUUAUUUGGUAAUACAGUGGUACCUCGGUUUAUGAACUUAAUCCGUUCCAGGAGUCCAUUCUUAAACCAAAACCGUUCUUAAACCAAGGCGCGCUUUCCAUAAUGAGGCCUCCCGUCGACGGUGCCCUUCCACCGUUCGGAUUCCGUUCUUAGACCGAGGUAAAGUUCUCAAACCAAGACACUAUUUCCGGUUUUGCAGAGUUUGUAAGCCAAAUCGUUCUUAAACCGGACUGUUCUUAAACCAAGGUACCACUGUACCGUAUUGGCCCGAAUAUAAGUCGCACCCGAAUAUAAGCCGCACCUUUAAAUUCAGGGCAGGGGGGGAGAAAAAAAAGACAAUACCCGAAUAUAAGCCACUCCCUUAAAAUUCUGCAGGUGCUCACAGCCAUUCUGCAGUAUCGUAAAAGCCCAUUUUUGUAAGGUCACAAAUUUAAGCCGCACUUUCAACUUUUCACGGUUGGAAUUUGGGGGGAAAAGUGAGGCUUAUAUUUAGGCCGAUACGGUACGUAGAAACAGCUCAGUCCAGCCCAGGGCUGGAAUCAGAUUUCCUGUUAUUUUUCCAUUGACAAAACUGUACUUUAUUGUUAUGGAUUUGGGGGGACCCUCCAAAAAACAACCACCCUAGGAAUGAAUAAAUGCUAGGAUUCUGAUUAAUUGGGAUAUGGAUUAAAGUACAGGCUGCAGAGCUGUGCCAGACAGGGAAUCCCUGGGCUGGCUUCUACAAAGCAGCCUGGCUGGCUUAGUGAAGAACAAAAGGUGUUGUUGGGCCACUGGAGAAUGAGAUGUUACCAAAGUGAUGGGGUGUUUGAGGGGACAGGAAAAGGGAUUUUUGAGCAAGGGUUGCUGGGAAGGAAAAGCAGGAAGAAGAGCUGAGAUCCAUCUUUGGAGGAGGCUGGCUGCAGAGAUGCCUUGGGCUAUAGGGCCACACUUCUGUGGGGUACAAACUCCUCUUGAAAUGACUGUGCAGUAAGACCUGGACUCCCUCCAGGCAGACUGAAGGUGUGAAUAGGUGAAUAAACCAUAUUUCUUAAAGCCACAACAGUCUCUGCUGCGUCUUCAAUUCUCCAAAGGAACGCAGACCCUGGGUGAGUGCCUGGGACCCCAUGGGCUCUUGCCACCACUCAAGCAGAGAGAGGGGCAGGCACGCAGCUUUCAUAACAUUCUAUUGUAGGGGUCAGUAAGGUUUACCUCGCCUGGGCCGGUUCACUCCUGCAGAGAUCCCUCUGUGGGCUAGAUUGCGCGCGCAAGUACGCACGCCUGCGAUUUCUGGCGUCUGCACAGACGCGAUUUCCGGCGCAUGCGCAGAUGUGAUUUCUGGUGCCAUCCCCGCGCCGCAUUGCACCCAUUUAGUGCAGCACACCGGGACUCAUUGGUUAAACGACCCCCGUGGGCUGCUUGUGGCCCAUGGGCCUUAGGUUGCCGACCCCUGUUCUAUUGGAUGGUCACACAAUGCCUUCUGCUUGCCCUAGACCAUAACCAAGGACAUGGCAAGUCUAGAAAUAGAUACCAUCUGUUACUAUCGAACGGAGAAUGCCACACUCGUCACGACCACCCUCGCCAACCACUCAAAGGCAAUCCAGCUGCUCGUGCCAACCAUCGCAAAGCGCUUUCUGGCACAGCGGUCGCUCACAGACAUCCUGAUGGAGAGGAAGAGCAUCAGCCAGGAGAUAAAGGUGGGUUGGCUGUAGCGCUGUACAGAGGACAUGGUGGGGAAGUCCAUCACUCAGGGUGGGAGGCUUGCCCAGUGGCUGCUACAAGCAGAACUGGGGAAAUGGUAUGGUAGCCAAUGAAAGGACACGAGGGAAAUGCUUCUACCUUGCUAUUGGGCACCUUCUCCUUCCUGAAAGUGGCUUUACAGUACGUAAACUCAAAACUGCCUUGCAAGAUCCACCCAGGGCAGCAUUUCCUUUCAAACAACAACAACAGGCAACCAGACACUAUACUGCCUCCAAACACAGGGUUGCCAACUGACCAGUGAACCAGCUUACUGUGGUCUCCUGCACCUUUAAGAACAGCUUGCAGAAACUAGAAAGUGAUGCUUUGAAUAGCUUGGUGAUAAAUGCAAUAUUUUGUGAACUGCACAUUGUCUUAGUCUAUUCUGGUUGAUAGGGAGAGACAAUUGUAUAAAUAUAAGAUUAGCUGCAUGCCCUUUUAGUGAAGUGAGUGGCUAGAGAGGUCUUUUUCUCCCUCUCAUAGCAGACCUUUAAGUGGCCCAGUAAAUGAUUGGCAGUUAGGUUUGGGGCAGACAAAAGGUAAUAGACUUUGCUCCAGUUUAGGUAACUUUAGAAAGGAAUCUGACAAAUUAAGGAUUGACCUAUAAUCAGCUAGUAGCCAAGGUGGGAGAAAAGGGAACCUGUUUGAAAAAGCUGUAAUCCUUUAUUGAACAGCUCUUUGCUAACCUAACUCACGGUAGCUUUACUGCUUGGUUUGCAUCAAGGAGACAGCCAUCACUACUAGAGCACUUCUCACUGGAAAUGUUAGGACACUGCUGUUUUUGCAUUUUUAAGUUGCUCAUCCAUCAUAUAAAGCUGCUGCCAAUAAGAAGACACUUUUUUUGCAGGUGGCUGUGGACGCCAUCACCUGUCAGUGGGGAAUCAAGGUGGAAAGGACAGAAAUGUAGGUAUGAAAUGUGAGAUCUGCAGAAAUACUUAGGUGACAAAAUAUCAGGAGAGGGGUCUCCGAGACCUUUCACUAUUGUUAAUGCCGCCCCUACGAGUGUAAUCAGUUUUUGUUAUUUCUCCCCUUGAACAAUCCCUGGACAUAGGGGUCACCCUGGUACAAGCCACCAUUUUGUGGGCCUCCUCCUUGAUCCUUCUGCUGCUGUCUCUCGCAGAGGCACAGCUAGCUCUUUGCCCAUCUGUUUUGACAUGGCUGUGGGUGAAAGGGGUUGAUUUCAAUUACCAGUCAUGUAAGAGGAGCUGCUUAAAAACUGGCAGCUCAGAGCACCAAAAGUUGCCCCGUUCCUGCAGUUUUAUGGAUCUACAUAUGACCAGAAAGGCUACAGCUGACCAGCUCUCCAUUUGUUUAGUCACCUUGGACAAACAUUUGAGUGGCUCCCAUUUUGCUAUGAUAUCCUCAAGGCAAGGGUGCCAGGUGGCAAUUGGCUCCACAGCCCCACCAAGAGCGGGGAAGGGAGGGCUCUGGCCAAUUACUCCCAUCCCUUCUGGCAGCCAGGCAGCCUUGGGUGUCUUCUCA